UUGGUUGUUUAGUUUCUGUGCACUAAACUGGUGAUCUGUUUUUCUUUGCUGUGAAAAUUUCGUUGCCUGCAAAAUGCCGUAUCGUUGUUGUGUGCCGAAUUGUAGAGGAAAUUACGACGGUGGACCAAAAGUAACCGUGUUUAAAUUUCCGGAGGAUGAAGCAACGAGGAAGAAAUGGUUGUCACGUAUUCGCAGACAUAACUUCACUCCUUCUUCAAGUUCAAGAGUAUGUCAUGUUCACUUCCACAAGGAUGAUGUUAUUUGGGAAACACAAAUUGUGGAUGAAAGGACUGGUCAGUUAUUAAGAGCCCCCCUUCUCAAACCACGUUUGAGACCACAUGCAGUUCCAUCACUACUCCCAAACUGUCCUUCCUACCUUGCAAAGGAAGAAAGUAGACGUGAAGGGCCAGAGGAGAAAAAGCAAAGGCUUGAAAAUGAGCAGUUAGCUGCAGCGUUACAAUAUAGUUUAGCAUCACAGAAGGACUAUGAAAACACUUUCAGCUUCAGUUCUUUAGAAGAGUUGAUGUUGCGUACGAAGGAAGUGGAUUUGCCCAACGAGUGGAGUGUGAUCGAAAAACACAGUGAUUUUGUUUGUUUUUUAAAGAUAAUAAGAAAUCCAGCACCAUUAAUCACACAUUCUGUCGUUAUAGAUAGUAAUUUAAAUGUUUCAUUGUUUAAGAAAGAUGUACAAAUUAAGACAUUAGGAAAAAGAUCUUUUCCUGUAAUUGUAACCAAUAUCCAUGAAAUUGUCAGUGUACUGCAGGAGUUUUCAGACACAGAUUGUGGGCACUCAGAAACUUCUAUAGAUAGUAUUGUAGAGAUAGUGAAAGACAGUCUAGGAGUGCUGAAAGACAGUUUACAGGAGAGUGAAAAGGAGAUGGUAGACUUUAUAUAUGAACAAGUUAGUCUCAUAAAUGUAAAGAAAUUUAAUCAUAGGUUUAGUUCUACAUUUAUGAUACUGUGUUGUUUGCUAUUUUCCAUUUCAUCUCAUGCUUACAAUUUUUUACGUAGCAGCUCAUUAAUGAAAAUGCCACAUCCAAGCACUCUGCGUAGGGUCUGCAGCAAAUUUAAUGUGAAUCCAUCUCACGAAAGGCUUGGGGGAAGUAAUUUCCUGUCCUAUGCAAGACAGAAAUUUCAAUACUUGAACAGCAAUGAUGUCAAUGUUGUUUUGAGUGUAGAUGAAAUUCAUCUAAAUUCUUAUUUGGAAUAUAAAGUAGGUAGUGUUUUGGGCAUGUCAUAUAACUCGGAAUGUGCUGCAAACAUGGCACAUGCCUUUGACAAAGACAAGACAAUGCCAUUUUGA